AUGAAUCAUAGUUGUUAUCUCUCCAACAUUCAAACUGUGAGAGAAGAACUUGGGGAAGAUGUUUGGUCUGAGUUGAGGGAAUCAACUAUUGGAGUGAUUGUGAAGCUGAAAGAGCUGCAUUAUAUUUGGUAUGCGAAAGUUGUUCACCAUUUCCUUGCCAAUCAAUUAGCAACUGAGAGCAGUCAUGAGAUUUGGUCUUUGAUAGAUGAUUUUAUGCCAUUGUGUUUCUCUUUGUAUGAGUUUGGAGAUAAUACAGGUCUGAAUUGUGAUCCUUUCGACAAGCAUGACGUUCGGGAUGUGGAUCAUCAAGAGUUUUGGCUCGAGAUGAACGUUCCGACAUCAGAUGGACCUAUAUUGCUUGAGUUACAAGCCAUAUUCCCGAUUUGCAGAAACUGGCCUCGAGAGAAGCGAGUGAUGAUUGGUUUGUUGUGUCUGCUAUCCAUUGGCAUUUUUGGCAUUUCAAGCAACAUCAGAAUUCCUUUGCAUUGUGCUAAAAGGGUGAUGGACACUGCAGCUUUCCAGCGAUAUCUAUGGUGUCGUGUUGGAUUUAGAAGCCUUGUUGAGUCCAUUAAAGUACUCACAUAUGAAGCAAAGAAAAGUUACACACUUCACGGCUGUGUUCAUGCGCUCUUAAUAUGGAUUUAUGAGUUUGUCCCUGGUUUAGGAAAAAUAUAUGGGAAUCGGAUUGAGGGAGCUGAUGUUCCUCUUCUGUCAUGGGGGAGGAAUCUCGUUCGUGUAAGGCAUAUGAUUAUGAAGCCAGUGGAGGAUAUAUAUCGGAAGUGGGACAAUGAUAAAAUCUAUACUGAUCUGGACAACAUGAUAAAAGACAUCCUUAAUGGUCAGCUAAAUGAGAAGUUUUUGGAUGCAAUGCCAACUACCAAAUGCGAGAAGAGAAAAUAUGGUGUUGCUGCAUCUGUUGCAGCUCACAACAUUGCCAUAAAUGGGUUAGCUGAGUUGCUUAAAAUUCUCACUGCCAGAGUAGAAGGCAUCAAUGUUAGUGUAGCUGACAAGGUUACUAAAGCAUUAGAUGCUACUAUUGACUGUAAGGUGGAAGCUAGACUGCGAGUAUAUGAUUCUGACUUACGGAAGCAGAUUGCAAAAUUGGAGGCACAAAUAAAUGAUAGUAAAAACAACGCUAGUGUGAACAUUGCUCCUGAUGUCACCACCUCCAAGGCGUAUGAGGAUGAGGAUGAUGGUACUUGUAGCAAUGACUUGAAGAAAAUCAAUUCACAAGAUGGAUUGCCAGUUGAUUGUGUUGUGAAGAAGGAGAAAAAAGAUAAAAAGAUGAUGGAUAGCACACAGAAUCUUACGAACAAGGAGGUGAUAAAGACUGAGAAGAAAGCUGGAAUUGCACUAAGAAGAUUGAAGCAAGAGAAGGCCUUUGCGAUCCCACAACUAAAUGAUGAAUCCAUAUCGUCAAAAGAUUUGGAAAAUCAUCUACAGUGGGAGAAGAGUCACAUUGCAGCAGCAAUGCUUAUGUUUCACAGACUGUCCAGGCAAGAACAAUCUCUGUAUUCCUCUUCUCGAAUUGCAUUUCUGUCUCACUGGUUUGUGAACUCAUGGGUGAACGACUACAAGAACUGGGACCAGAACAUGACUGAGUUGUCAGAAAUGUACAUCAAGGCUUAUAAUGGAGAACACCCGACUUAUUUUGUCACAAGUAAUAAGUGGAAUGCUGACGUCCACGAUCUUUUCCUCUGCCACCAUGUUAACGGAGAUCACUGGGUUCCUCUACGCAUCGAUCUGCAGAAGGCGAAAAUUCAUGUCUAUGAUAGUAUUUGCAUACAUGUGAGUGAUAAGGAGAUGAAAGAGGCUUGUCGGCCUUUCAUGAGAAUGAUAUCCGCAUUGCUUAACAAAAUGAUGCCUGCUAAAACGACAAAGAAAAGUGAAAAACAGUUCGCUUAUAUUAGGCACAAGAAGAUCCCCCAAAAUGAAGACCCGGGAGAUUGCGGUGUGUACUCUUUGAUGUACAUCGAAUCUCUAGCUCUUGGACGUAACUUUGAUGGCUUGAAUGAUCAGAUUAUAACACCAUUGCGAUCAAAGUUGGCGGCAUAUAUCUAUGAGGAGGUGACUAAGACAAUCGAAUAA